AUGAGCACACAAAAUCAAAAACCAAGCAAAUCUCUACUACACCGCCUAAGAGCCGCGGUGCAAAAAGUAAAGCUUCUCAUAAGCUCAACCAUUCUCAACCAAACGUGGAACGCUGCAAAACUCCUACGAGGAGCUUCUUCUUUGACCAAAACCCAGCUCAGUUUCAACGAUCGUCCUGGCUUGAUCAUGUGUUCUUCCGAUGAAACUGAUUCAGAAGUCUCCGGUUCUCCGUCGCCGCCGCGGUGUCUUCAGAGAACCAUAAGUUUUCCUUCCGAUGAUGACAUUGAUAAGAGGUCGGAGAUUUUCAUAGCGAAUUUCAGACGACAGCUUCUGUUGGAAAGACAAAUUUCGUUGCAGCUACGUUAUCGGUCGCAGGGAACAACAUAG